UCCGAGUGUUCAUCCACCCUGCUUUCCGCGUGGCAAUUACCAUUGUCGACAGCCCGUCGCACCCUUGGAACAUAGUUUCAGAUGGCCAGAUCAGCGAUAACAAGGGUGGAUAUGACAGCGGUAGCGAUGGCCGUGGAGUACUUGACCCCGGCCAGGAUUCCGUUCCGUGGCCGGGAUGGUGUGUCGUGGACAAACAAGCGGAGUGGUCGCUGAACCACUGGUCAUUUCGAGAGCGAAGAAGCAGGAUUUUGUCAUUGCAUUGAAGACCGAACAAGGCAAGUUGAAUAGGAGAAACGUUCGAAUCUCUUGAUCUGAGAAAUCCUACCCCUAUACGACAAACAAAAUAUGUCUCAAUCACCCGUCGUAAUUGUGACUGGAGGAGGUCUCGGCAUUGGGGCAGCAAUUGUCAACAAGUUGUUAGAACAGAAUGCGCGUGUGGUCUUGGUCGACAUCAAUGAAGAGCCAUUGAAAAAGUUCCAAUCGCAGCAAGGCGUCGACAGAGUCCAGUAUGUGGUGGGCGACGUCAGUCAGCACGAGGUCAACUGCAAGGCUGUGGAUGUCGCCGUCUCUACCUGGGGACGACUAGACGCCGUGGCUUUGAACGCCGGCAUCAUGGCUCCAGUCAAGAGAAUUGCUGAAGUCAAUCCUGCCGACUGGACGAAGAUCUUCAACAUCAAUGUUGUCGCCCAUGUGUCGAUGCUCAAAGCAUCCAUUCCUCAUUUGAGAAAGACCAAUGGUAGGGUCAUUGUCACUUCCUCAGACGCUGGCGAAAAGCCGUCGUUCCCGGCCUGGGGUGCUUAUGGCGCAACCAAAGCUGCUGUCAACUACGUUAUCAAGGCCUUGACUCUGGAAGAACCUGAGAUCACGGCUGUUGGGCUGUACCCUGGCGUAGUCAAUACGCCGAUGGUGCAAGCUAUCUUGAAAGGUGAAUACAACAACGGUAUGAGCCAGGAAGAGCUCCAGAGAUACAUCGAAAACAUCACGCCUCGGCUGGUAGAAGCUCAUCAGCCGGGCUCGGUCAUUGCGAAUCUCGCGCUCAAGGCUGGUCCGGCCUUGAAGGGAGCCAUUCAUUUCUGGGAUGACAAAGAGUUUGCGGAUUAUCAAUGAAAUUGGGGUUCAUAGGAGCAUUAUAUAUGUGAAGAUGAAACACGUUGACUCCAUGACUCCUUGACCUAUGCCUCUAUAUAUCUAAUUGAUCGGCCUGGGCCGUAGCACA